CAAAAUAUUCAGACAUUUUACAGCCGUGUGAUUCGUCAACGCCCCUCAGUCAUGUGAUGUUGCAUUAUUUAAAUCUGAGUAUAGUCAGAUUUCACUCAGAUGUCACAGUCCUUUAAUCGGGGCUGUCUGCUGAUAUUCACAUACCUUCACAAUGGCCGUGCCAACACUUCCUCCCGCACCGGGUGAUCACGCGCUUAGAGUUUUCAUCGUACAAAUCGCCAGUGAUAUGACAGAUGAUAACUUGGAAGUUAUGAAGUUUCUCAUAAGAGGAUUCUGUGGUAUGAGGCGACGUGUUCUAGAUGGCAUAACAACUCCACUGCGGCUGUUUGAAAUAAUCAUGGAAAAUGGUUACGUGAACGUCAAUAGUAUCAUGGUUCUGCAGAGCCUUUUGUGGCACAUUAAUAGGAAAGAUCUGUUCCAAAGAGCGAUAGAGUUUGGUGAAGAACAGAAGGAUGUGUUUUACGUGCAUACACCUAAUCCAAGACCAGCAAGGGGUUGCAAAUAUGUGAAGUUUCACGUCAAAGGGAGACUCAACCGGAAUACAGUUGAAGAGUUACAGUCUAACGUCGCCAGAUGGCUUACAGUUCCCUCAUCCCUUGUAGUGGUUGCAGGCGUGGAGGUUACAGACAGCUUCAACAUUACUCUCAUGAUCCCCGAAAUAAGCACUGAAAUGUUGCGAAAAUAUAUCCCUUUGAACAGUGACUGGUUGAUGUCACGCGGAAUCGACACCUGCAAAAUAGAUGGGGAGGACAUUGAUCUAACAGAUGGGUUAUCCAUCAAAUAUAAACCAGAAAAUCUGAAGUCCUCUGUAAACUGCUUGACGAGUGAUGAAAUGCACCUUCCAUGUAAAGGCGAUGCCAGCCUCCUUCCCAAAGAAAGCGACGAUCUGUCAUUACAAGAACUGAGACGACUAAUGGACCAAAAUAAAUUUUUGCAAAGCCGAGUGGAAACCUUACAAAAGCUCCGAGAGCCAAAGCCUACUCCAUAUAAGUCGGUUUCAGAUUCCCGUAAGACAAAACACUCAUCGGAGAAGAUUGUAGGAGGAAAAACCCCCAAAAUGUCUUUAAAUGGAAAGCGCGUUCGGGUGCCUAAAAUCCCUGUGGCAUCCGCUUGAUCAAACACUUCUGGCCGGCUGUGCAGAUAUUAAAGGCUCGUUCGUUACGAAAGUGGCCAUCACCAGCUAAUUAACGGCCGUGUUGACUGAACCCUGGUCUCUGUCUGAGAUUUACUAUCUAUCUAAACUCAUACUACAACCUGUGUCUCCGUCUUAAGUGACUCAACCCUGGUCUCUGUCUGAGAUUUACUAUCUAUCUAAAUCCAUAC